GGGUUACUCAGAUUAGUCUUUAUGCUUUUUCACGUGAAAGAGCCUUUAAAAGGCGCCAUUUUGUAGGCAAAAAGUUAUUUGCUGCGCAGCAGGGAAAGUGUCCGUCGGUGAAAGUUUGGCUCGCGCGCUUCAACAUGGCAGCGUACACUUUACCGGAGGGUUUCUCGGAGUUUGACAUGUUUACAUUCGGCACUGCGCUCCUGGUUGGAGGCAUGCUGGGAUUCUUCCUCAAUGCCAUCAGCAUCGUGUCCUAUCUCAGAGUGAAGGAGAUGCGCAACCCCAGCAACUUCUUUGUGUUCAACCUGGCCUUGGCUGACCUCAGCUUGAAUAUUAAUGGACUCACAGCUGCAUAUGCCAGUUACCUCAGGCAAUGGCCGUUCGGUCAAGAGGGCUGCGCCUAUCACGGUUUCCAGGGGAUGAUUUCAGUCUUGGCCUCCAUCAGCUUCAUGGCUGCUAUCGCUUGGGACAGAUACCACCAGUACUGCACCCGACAGAAGCUUUUCUGGAGCACCACUGUGACGAUGAGCGCUAUCAUCUGGAUUCUCUCCAUCUUUUGGGCCGCCGUGCCUCUCAUGGGAUGGGGCGUGUAUGACUUUGAGCCCAUGAGGACGUGCUGCACGCUGGACUACACCAGAGGGGACAGGGACUACGUCACCUACAUGCUGACUCUGGUGCUGCUCUACUUGAUGUUCCCAGCUUUCACCAUGUUGUCGUGUUACAAUGCCAUCCACAAACAUUUCAAGAAGAUCCAUCACCACAGGUUUAACACCAGUGUGCCUCUGAGGGUCAUGCUGAUGUGCUGGGGCCCGUAUGUCCUCAUGUGUAUCUACGCCUGCUUCGAGAACGUGAAGGUGGUGUCUCCAAAGCUCAGGAUGGUGCUUCCAGUUGUUGCAAAGACAAACCCGAUCUUCAACGCCCUCCUCUACUCAUUUGGGAAUGAGUUUUACCGCGGAGGCGUUUGGAACUUCCUCACUGGACAGAAGAUUGUUGAGCCUAAUCUCAAGAAGUCUAAAUGAGAUGAAAACGCUUGUAGAAAAAGAAAAAAGUCUAGUGCCAACGUCGACUCAUCCUGCUUACAUGCUAAGAUGUUGUUAAGUGCCCGAGCCAUGAGGAUGUCUGUACAGUCGUGUCGUUUUCGUACCUCUUACUUGACACUAAAUCAAACUGCAGUCCCUUGAACUCACACUGGAUUCGUGUAAAUCUGCAAAAUGCGCCGCAGGUCGUUUCUCCUUGUUCUCCAGCAACUCUCCGUCCACACUGAAACCACUCACAAUAAACACAGAUGCUGCCUCUC